ACGGCGUUAGGUAACUGUUUUCUUUCCCAGUUUUUCAGCAACAGAAACUCAUUGGAAGACCAGAAGUGAAAAUGAACGUUUCCGGGACAAAGAUCGCAGAGAGGGGGAGAUUUGGUCGUUCAGGCAAGAGAUCUAAAGAGCUGUGUAGUUGGGUCGAUUCUGAUUACUCUUUAGAGCGCGAUUAUCUGAAAACUAUAGUCCAGACUGAGAAAUUAAAAGGAAAGAGGGCAAUGGCGACUCACUUUACAAGAAAACUACCUGGAUGUAUCCACAUAAAUUUUCAGGAAUCAAACUCCGUUCGAAGGCGACUUUGCUUUUUCUUUAGCCUCUGGGCGUGUCUCAGCUGUGUUCCUGGCCUGGCAGCCUUGAAAGUAAGCAUGCCGUUUCAGAAGACAGCAAUCUUGGGUACAAAUGUGACACUUCAGUGUAAAAUCACUGACUACCCUCCUCCAGAACUGGAUAUAAAAAAAACAAUACUCGUCUGGUAUUUGGAGACAUCUGAAAGGAAUAAAAUAGAAAAACUUUAUUCAGUUGUUGCUGGAGAACAUUCUUCAAAUAGAGAUGGUUCAAGACUGGAUACAAUUCAAUUAAAAAAUGGAAAUGCCUCCCUUUUCCUUCCACAAAUACAGCUUCAUGAAGAGGGCAAAUAUAUAUGCAUUGUGAUUGUUGCUUCUGCUAAAGCUGAAGGAACCACCAUUUUAGAUCUAGUUGUUGAACCAACUGUCCAACUGUCUCCCAAGGAACUUGAAAUUGAAAAAGGAAGUGUAAAGAGACUGACAUGUACAGUGAAUAAAUUCUAUCCUGAUUCAAUUGUCAUUCUUUGGCAAAAGCAUUCUAAGCAUACGUCGGAUAAAAGUGUACUUUCAGAGGAUAUUUACAUGGGAACAUCUGUGAGAAAUGAUGAUGGUACUUACAACACCACCAGUAAACUGAGACUUCAACCAUCUUCACAAGAUCAAGGAAACGUCUAUUAUUGUAUUGUGAAGCAUAAGUCAUUUGCCAGCUAUCCAGUCUACAAUGUGACUUUAACAGUAACAGAACCUAACUCGCCUACUCGGUUAAUAAUUGGGCUGGUUUUCGGUUCCCUUUGUCUUACGACUGGAUUGCUUCUGUGCUAUUUUUAUUUUGUACAAUUUUUACAGAAACCUUUUAUAGAUUUUCCCAAACUUUCAAAUAUUGUUAUUGAACCAAGUGAUGCAGAAUAUGGAGAAAGUGUAAAUUUAACUUGUGAAGUCACAGAUUUCAAUCCUAAAAACAUUUGUACUCAGUGGUUCUUGGGAGAUAAUUCACUAAGGAACGGUGUGGUCACAGAGGAUUUAGAUAUGGCCUGUAAUGGUUGUUACAAAUUAACUUCCGUGUUUGAACUAAAAGCUACUGCUUCAGUUUGUGAUAAGACCAUUUGUUUCAGAGUGAGUCAUGCAAGUUUGGCAAAACCUAUUACAAGAGAAGUGUAUCUAAAACUUCCAGUCAAACGGCCCGUUUUGUCUGAAAUAAAGGCGACCCCAGAUCAUCAGAAUAUUUUUGAAAUUUCUAUAUCACAAUUUGCACCUCCUGAUAUACAAGUCAGAUGGUACCAAGGCUGGAGACAAAUUUCUGAAAAUAUCAAUCCCAGGAAUAUUGAGAUUGGAGAAGAUCACUUAUGUUAUUUUGUUAGUAAAGUACACUUAGAUGCCCAAACACUGGCCUUUGGGAAUACAAUACGAUGUGAAGUUAAACAUUCAACAUCUACUGAGGAUAAAAGCUUAAUACUGAAUCCAACAGGUAAGUUGAAUACCUAUAUAAAUACUUUAUUUAUUGAAGGAGUAUCCAGACCAGUGACUAUUUUCCAACAACUGAAUCUGCAGUUGUCUCCCAAUUGUUGUAAUGGAUCCAAAAUUCUCUCUCAAUAAAUAAUAACAAUGGAAAGAGAAAAACUGUAGUGUAAGCAGUGUUAGCUUUAUAAAGAAAAGGGCUCUGUAGUGGCCUAUUAGUCACUCCACCCUAGACAUUACUGAGCGAAAGCAAGUCGUUUGCUGUAUCUGCUUAUUCAGGCUGUUGAUAACUGUGACCCACAUCAGUGUUACAUUUUUUUGGUCUCAGUACCCCUUCCUACCUUUAAAAGUUAUGGAGAACCUUAAAAGUGCUUUUGUUUAUAUGGGUUAUAUAUAUCAAUAUUUAUCCUAUUGAAAAUUAAAAUUGAUAGAGUCACUGCCACUAAUGUUUCUCAUAGAUAUUUGAUGGGAUUUUUAUAUUGUUUUAUUUUUCAACAUAGGCUGGCAAAUAAUUUUGAAUUGGCAGACCUCUGAGAGGGUUUGGUUGGGACUCCUACAGGUCUUUGAGCCACCUUUUGAUAGGUACUGACCAAGAUGCUAAAUAGCCCACAAUCCGUAUAUAACUAUGGUACUA